AUGGCUGCCGAAGUGUCCCACGGCCGAGGAGGAGCCGGCAACAUCAACCCCGACAAGACGGAGUAUGUCGACGGGGAAGUCGUCCGCGCCGGCAUCGAGGGGAGCCAUGGCGACGGCGCGUACAGCGCGGGCAGAGGAGGCGCUGGUAAUAUCGGCGACGUCGGGUCCGCCCCGGCGGCUCGCAAGGACAAGGACGUGGUGCCCGAGUCGGCGUAUCGCGCGAGCCAGGACAACCAGGACUACCACACGGGGCGCGGGGGCGCGGGGAACGAGCAUGUUGCGAAUGGGCACGGCAAGAAGGCGGCGGCGGACAGGACGGGGGAGGAUGUUGCGGCGCCCGUUGGCUUGGCGGAUAAGUUGAAGCAGAAGCUGUUUGGUGUCAUCAAGAGGUAG